AUGAGGUCGUUAUUGUUAUUAGCGGCGGUUUGCUGCUUAGUGAUUUUGGGGAGCUGUAAUCCUAUCACCAGGUCUGAGGAUGGUGAGGUGAAGGAGGUAGGAAGACAGGCGGCACAGCAGCCUGCGGCUGCCGCGGCUUCUGAUGAUGAUGAUGAUGACGACGACGAUGACGAUGAAGAUGCUCUUGGUGGUUUAGGAGGCGAAGACGACGAAGAUGAAGACGAGGACGAUGAUGAUGAUGAGGAAGAAGCAGAUGAUGACGAAGAUGAUGAUUAUUUGGAAAGAUUCUUCGACGACAUAUUAGGAGGAGGUGAAGAUGACGAGGAUGAAGACGAACCAGCCGCCGCACAGCCUGUUGUGGCUGCCGUCGAUACUGUUGCUGCCGCUCCUGCACCAGCUGCAUCAGCCGCCUCAGUAGAAGAAGUUGCUGCCGCUUCAGAAGAAACCGAAGCAGCAGAGGGCGAAGCUGUGGCAGAGGGUGACGAACCUGAAGCUGGGCAAAAGGAACCUGCAAGUGCUGAAGUUGAAAUUCCCGCGGCUAGCUCCGAAGUGGCUGCAGCCGACGAUGACGAUGAUGAUGACGAGGAAAUUGGAGACGUACUCGAAGGGGAUGAUGAUGAAGAAGAUGAUGACGAGGAGGAAGAUGAUGAUGAUGACGACGAAGACGACGUUUCCGACGCUUUUAGCAGGAAUAUUUCUGCCAAACAAUCACGUGCGUUGUCUGAGGAACCGCCCAAGAAACCAGCACCGGUGCCUGCUGUGUACAUAAUCAAAUACAAUAAGUUCAUUGACAACAUCCUUGAAAAAAUGAAUGAUAUAUUAAGACGUUCCUAUGAUCCAGUCAACGUAAAACUGCAGCCGAUAGAUGCGAGCAAAAACACAAAGGGAAAGAAAGAUAAAAACAAAAAUAGUAACAAAAAAAAAACAUCAAACAAAAAGAAAAACACAGCGCGUGGUGGUGUAAACGAAAACGAAACAGUAGAAAAAGUUGAGGAAAUACAACAAAACAAAAUUGAUGAAAGCUUGAACGACCAAAAAUCGAACAGUGAAAAUGCGCGAACAGAAAUGCGAGCUGUGAAGGAGAAAUCUGGAAAUGAAAGUGGAAAAGCAAAGCCAACGUCAAAACCAAAACAACCUACAAAGGCAACUAAACCUAAACCGAAACCGCCAGCGAAAGCUCCGGUAAAAAAUACAAAGAAGCCUUCCAAGAACAAGGUAAAAAGCGAAAAGAGCAAGCCGAGAGCAAAGGGUACAUUGUAUGGCCUGUCUUCUCUUAAGAGAAGUGGUGAUGUAGCCGUCAGCAUUAUGACAAAUCAUACAACUAUAAAGAGUAAUUUCGCAGUCGGACCCUUGAUACUACGAGUGGAAAAGGAGGUCGGUCGAGGUGCUAAAAAAGAGCUCAAAUCUGCAACAGCGACAACAGCUGAAAUGAACGGUAAAUUGACGCUUCGUGUCAACAAUCAAGGCGUAGCAACAUUACAUUCCAUCAAAGUUCUGCAGCCCAAACAGGUCCGUGUCGACAGCAACCACGAACGAACACGUGAAUUGGUUUGGCAGAGAAGUGCAAGAAUAGCCCACGUUGUCUCUGAAAAGUUAAGAACUGCUUCAAAGCCCAUGUUCCUUCACCAAGGCGUCGUGAGGCAAUAG